CCUCCACCAUCUUAUACUAAGUCCCUGACUCUGUUCUCCUUUAACUUUAACUUGCUUCACUAAGAUCCGUCAAAAUGGUCAAGGCUGUUGCUGUCGUUCGUGGUGACUCCAAGAUCACCGGCACCGUCACCUUCGAGCAAACCGCCGAGAGCGCCCCCACCACCAUCUCAUGGAACAUCACCGGCAACGACCCCAAUGCCCAGCGUGGCUUCCACAUCCACCAGUUCGGUGACAACACCAACGGCUGCACCUCUGCUGGCCCCCACUUCAACCCCUUCGGCAAGACCCACGGUGCUCCUGAGGAUGAGGUCCGCCACGUUGGUGACCUGGGAAACUUCACCACCGAUGCCGAGGGUAACGCAGUCGGCUCCAAGCAGGAUAAGCUCGUUAAGUUGAUCGGUUCCGAGAGCGUUCUGGGCCGGACCCUGGUUGUUCACGCCGGUACUGAUGACCUCGGCCGUGGUGGUAACGAGGAGUCCAAGAAGACUGGCAAUGCUGGUCCUCGCCCUGCUUGCGGUGUGAUUGGCAUUGCUGCAUAAAUGUGUGCACACUAAGGAUUGAAUGAUUAUGAUCUCAAUUGAUAAUGUGGGAGACUGAAUUAAGGGUUGGAUUAGUUGAAAAGUAUCUUAGAUUGAAAAAAAUGGAAGGUUGU